AUGAGAAUGGAAGAUAAUGGGAAAGGAAUCAGCUGGGUCUUUAGCUGUAGUAGAAUUCGGGGCAAUGGACUUGUGUCGCUCCAACAUGCAACACCCAAGGUAUUACAACUCCUUUCCACCGAGUCGCUAGCCUGCUAUGUGCGAAGCGAAUACACUCCGGCGGCUCCAAAUACCAAUUUUGAACUAAUUCACAUAACAUUUUUCGGGAUUCCCUCCCCUUUGCAAGGCAUAGCUUGCUAG